AUGUUGAUACAGCUGCUUGCAGGUGCUGCCGUCGCAGCAAUAGCUGUUCCCGCUGUCGCUGGCUCUGUCGUCGACCUGUCUGCGCAAAACUGGACACUGUCGAGCAACAACGUGACCGUCGCUGGCCAUGUGCCCUCACACGCCCAUCUCGACCUGCUGGCUGCGGGCGUCAUUGGCGAACCUCUGUAUGGCACAAACGACACCGAAUUACUUUGGGUGCAGCGCCUGAACUGGACCUAUUCCACGACUUUGGGGGAUCUCACAACGGAAGGGGACACUGCAACAUGGAUCGUGUUUGACGGCCUCGACACCUUUGCCUACAUCGAGCUGUGUGACCAGCCUGUCGGAAACGCCGACAACCAGUUCCGACAGUGGUAUUUCGAUGUCUCGAGCAUUGUCCAGUCAUGCAAUGCAUCCGAGCCAACACUGAGCAUCAAUUUCGGCUCGGCAUCCAAGAUAGUAGCAGCCAUUUCUGAACAUGGAGAUCCUCUCCUGAACUUUACCGAUGGUGGCCCAACUCAAGAAUUUUGCUGCAAAGAGUACAUGCGCAAACAGCAAUCCGAUUUUGGCUGGGACUGGGCCCCACAGAUUGGCCCUGCCGGGAUCUGGCAGCCCGCCCGACUCGUGCAGCUCGACCAAACAGUAUACAUUCGGAAUACCCUGAUCGACAUCUAUCGUAAGGGGCAGAUGAAUAAUAUUCCACCAGAUCAAUCUCAGCCAUUCGUGUUUAACGUCAGCAUUGACUUUAUAGGCUCGCUUCCCAACGGCUCCUCCCUGCAGUUGACCCUUGUCGAUGCUCAGGAUAACCCUGUAGUAGACUCGAAGACGUUGGGAGGUGUCUACGCCUCAGAUGAAACAAUAACAGGGAGCAUCACCAUCGAUCCCGAUCUGGUUAGCCUAUGGUGGCCUGUCGGCCUCGGUGACCAGAAUCUGUAUCAAGCAAAUGUCGACAUUGUGAACGGCAAUGGCCCAAUUGCAACCGUCAACAAAACAGUUGGAUUCAGAACAAUCGUCUUGAAUUUACUUAAUGUCACAGACAGCCAGCUGGCUGCUGGUGUACAGCCCGGAAGCAACUGGCACUUUGAGGUUAAUGGCCAUGAAUUCUAUGCCAAGGGCUCAAACUUGAUUCCUCCGGAUGCUUUUUGGCCGAGGGUCAACGACACCAAGAUACGCAAUCUGUUCGAUGCUGUUGUCACCGGCAACCAAAAUAUGCUGCGCGUGUGGUCUUCCGGAGCCUACCUACCUGACUGGAUAUAUGACAUGGCAGAUGAGAUGGGUAUUUUGCUGUGGUCUGAAUUCGAGUUUUCCGAUAUGGAAUAUCCGACCAAUUCGUCAUACAUAGACGAGUAUAUCGCCGAGGCUAGUUAUCAAGUGCGCCGUGUAAACCACCAUCCUAGUCUCGCACUCUGGGCUGGUGGCAACGAGCUCGAAGCCAUCAUUCUCUAUUAUUUUUUCGAUGCCAAUAACCCCAGCCGAAUACAGCGCAUGUAUGAAGAAAUCCAGCAGAAAACGCUCAUCCAGGCCGUGUAUGCAAACUCGCGAUCGAUUAGCUACAUUCCAUCUUCCACCUAUAACGGCUUCAUCAGGCUGGAUUUUGCUUCUGAUAUGCCGGAGGUUCCGCGUUACAAGAAUACCUCUGGCCCCGACUAUCUCUAUGCCAAUACCGAUACUUAUAACUACGACGUGAACCAAGCCUUCAGUGUCAGUAGCUAUCCUAUCGGCCGUUUUGCUACUGAGUUCGGAUUCCAGUCUAUGCCUUCGGUAUAUUCGUGGCAACAGUCCGUUCCUUCUGAGCAGCUUUCAGUGUUCUCUGACAUGGUCAUUCACCGGAACCGGCACUAUGGUACCGGCAACACUACGCGCGAGCAGUCAGUUUCCGGUAUUGAGCAGAUGACCGCUGGGGUUGAAGCGUGGUACCCUAUACCGAAUAUGACGGAUCCAGUGGCGAAUUUCAGUUCUUGGUGCUGGACAACCCAAGUCUUCCAAGCGGACUACUACACCUCGGAACUUGCAUUUUACCGCCGCGGUGCCGGUCUGCCAAAUCGCAACAUGGGUUCAUUGUACUGGCAGCUUGAAGAUCUAUGGACUGCGCCAACCUGGGCGAGUAUUGAGGCAGACGGGCGUUGGAAGGUGCUCAUGUAUCGCGCAAAGGACAUUUAUCAGCCUGUUGUUGCGCAUUCGUUUUACAACACUUCCACGGGAGAUUUGGAGGUCUGGGCGAUAUCUGACCUUUGGUCGACAGUGAAUGGUACCAUGAAAUUGUCGUGGAUGAACUGGGACGGCACAGCUGUAUCAGGACCGAGUGGAGACAGCAGCGCAGAUCCAAUACCGUUUACCAUCGGGCCCAUCAAUUCGACUCUGUCCUACACAGCAACUUUGCCGACGACCUCAUCUGGGACAACAGACCUGGCCAGUCUAGUCCUCAAAGUCGACAUUUCGGCUGUCGGCCAGUCACCUAAUUCUGCCAAACAGCGUACAUACAUGCAUACUUCAUACUUUCAUCCUGCUAGCCUCCAAGAUGCUAAAUUGCAGGACCCAGGCUUAACACUCGCGUCUAGCGGUGGUGACGAUGGUGACUACAAGUUCACGGUCACCGCAAGUACGGGUGUUGCUGCAUGGGUCUGGCUGGAUCAUCCACUCGGUGUACAGGGUGCUUUCUCUGAUAACGGCUUCUGGUUAACUCGGGGAGAGGCAAAGACAGUGCAAUUUGCCGUGAAGAAUGACUGGACUGAGGGAACGAGAAAUGACAAGAUCUCGUGCACAACGGCCACCAUGCACAACAUCGAGACAUUUGAGCUUAGAAAGUGGAUGCGCAUUCACGGUCCCAACACACGCUACAGCCUUGUCGGAUCUACUGCGGUGCCUCUGACUAUCAAGCGUCUCGCCUCGCUCUCAUCCGAUCCCGCCACGACAGCCCAGGCGCUGGGAUCACUCGACUCAGUUCCACUCGGCGAACCCACUAAUAACUUAGAGCUUCGUGAGAACGUCGCCGCGGCGUUGUUCGAUUUCGCGACGAGCGGUGUCACUGCCGAGCACGUUUUCAUCCCGGGGUCUGGAACGACCGCGGCCAAUGGGCUGCUCACGCAGUCUCUCGUACAGCCUGGAGAUCAUGUUAUUGUACAAUAUCCCAGCUAUGCGCAGUUACUUGACAUCCCCAAUGCGUCCACAGGAGUCGAUGUCUCGUUGUGGAAAAUGAACCCAGCCGACGGGUGGACGGCAGAUAUUGAUCAACUCCGUACAAUAGUUGAAAAGGGGAAAACAAAGCUGAUCGUGCUGAACAACCCACACAAUCCAACCGGGUAUUCACUCCCAACUGAGUUUCGUCGCGAGAUUGUGAAACUGGCAAAGGAUAACGAUGUUUGGCUCCUCGUAGAUGAGAUAUUCCGCCCCUUGUUUCACGAGCCUGGCAGCGAUACAUCCUCGUUCAUGGAUUUCAGCGCCGAGUACUCGAAGAUUGCCGUGACAGGAUCAUUAAGUAAAGCAUGGGGGCUGAGUGGUAUUCGAAUUGGAUGGAUUGUGACCAAGGAACAGUCCGUACUCGAAGCCUGCCGCAACUUGGGCGGAUAUGUGUUUGGCCACUGCGGUGCCCUUGACAGUGUCAUCGCCACCGAGGCCUUAUCGUCGCGUUGCAGAAACGGCAUUCUGCAACAAAAUCUUGCCCAAGCAAAGGCAAACAUCCCGCUCCUGGAGCAGUUUGUGCAGCGCAAUGCGGGACAUGUCGCUUGGACGAAGCCGAUAUCCGGCUCAACAGCCUUUGUCCAGUUCCGUAAAGGGGACAAACAACCAGUAGACGCGGUUGACUUUUGCAAAAAGCUAAAAGCACGCACUGGGGUACUGCUGGCCCCAGGGAGUCUAUGUUUCGGAGAUGGACUGGAGAAAAGAGGUGGGACGGAGGACCUCAAGGGCUUUGUUAGGUGGCAUUUUACGGGGCUCACAGAGGUUAUGGAAAGGGGCAUCGCUGAAAUCGAGUCUUUCCUACGCGAUGGGUUUGACGAAGUCCAAGUGGAGUGA